GGUCUCCUUGUAGUAGUUGGUGGCUACCUCACUGAACAACAUACGCGAGGCCCGUUACAUGACAUCCAGAGCAUUGAAGGUGUCUUACCAAAGGAUACAAUCAUGACAGCAUAGACUGGCCCGUUUUUCAACUUCCAGGGAAUCACAAGCCGGCACGGAACAUCCCUACUCCAUAUUUAUUACCUAUCAGCUCUCAGAAGGCGUAAUAUACCGUAUCGAUCUUUGUCACGCGGACCUCUAUAUCGGCCGGGUAUAGCUUGGUAGUUCAUUUGUCAACUCGGUGAAAUAUACAGCCUUACCUGACGAACAUCUUAGCAGUUCGCCAACCCAGCAGUCUCCGCAACAGCAGCGAACUGUACAGGUAUCUCAACAAAACCUAAACAGCCGAAAUGAAGAGUUCUUGUGGAUGUGUGUUAGAGACCAGUGUGUGAAAUGGAAGGGGAUCUCCUAAUGGUAAGGGCGUAAGGCGAAGGAUACAUGAUCGACUAUAGUGGUUCUGAUGAGUUACAAUUUAUUUGGGCGAGUUCGAAUUAUAUAUGACUCACUCAAAACAGCAAAGAAGUGUCAUCAUUGAGUUACAACGAUAACAGCGCCACCAUCGUAUGCAUAGCACGCGGUACGCCACCUGUCGAAAAUAACGCCAACUUACCGCUGCACCAUCAAACCUUUCAAACCUAGUGAAAGAAGAACACUUUCUGCAACGCCGCCUAAAAGUGAAUAUCGUCACAUCAGUGUCACUUAAAGUAUGUAAAAUACGCCAUCUACCGGACAGAAAGUUUAAUGUAAGGCACACCAUCGCCCACUCAGGAUAACGCCACCUAUCGGAUAUUACGCCAUUGAUCGGCUGUGACUUUGAGCGUUGGUGCCAACAGCGCCACCUAUACCAAUGAAGAUCCGAUUGAUCCCUCGAAGGGUGUACAUCCCCUCCGUCGUGUUCAUUCUGUGUAUAAUUAUACAGCUACGCAUCCUUUUUGUUGUACCAUCAGACAAAGAAAACCGGACCUGUAAUGAAAAGCGUCCAGUUGGGAAGAAAACACAGGAAAACACACCGAAACUUAUUACUACAAAUACUGUCCAGACAAAUAACAUCUAUGAUGAAUGGUUAUCUGAGUUCAAGAAUCCCCUAAUUGGAGUCAAACUGACAAAGAAUGUAACUAAUUUUCUGACGACGGGACUCGAUUUGGUCCGGAACAGCUCCCUCUCCUACAAGUACUCACAACAUAGCAAAUCUCGGUUAGUCAGCGUAGGAAUACUGGUGAAUGAAAUUGGCCAACUGGAUAAAACCUUUAAAACGAUGGAUACUCUUUUGGAGGAGAAUGCUGGCGAAGACAGGAAAAAGUUCCUACUCAUUCUUCAACUUUCUAUGCGAGACGCUGACCUCGGGGUCAAAGUCUUUAAGGACGCCAUGAAGCGUUAUGCCGACUUUUAUGAGACCGGUCAAGUUCAUAUCGUCAUUGGACCUUCGGAUUUGUACCAUCGAUUUGGUAUUCCGAAGGAAACAGAUGCAGACAUGCGUAAAGAGAUCCUUGACUACGCGCUACUGUUCCUUUAUUCAAGAUACCUAGCAACGUAUUUUGUCCAGUUAGAACCGGGAAUCGUCUGUGAACGAUCUAUUAUCAGAAAUAUUUUAAAGAUCGCCAAAGUUCAGACAGGGAUCUGGUUUGGACUCGACUUCGGACAUUUCGGAUUUAUUGGUACUCUGUUUCAUUCUACUUUUCUCCAGAGCAUGGCAGAAUAUCUAGCCUCUCGGUAUCGGAUUGAAAACAUCAACGUAUUAUUACGCCAAUUGUAUCAGACAAUUUCAAAAAAGUGUUUAAUCUUCACUAAUUCUUCGCCUUGUCUGCAUCACGAUAUAGAUCGACUGAAAAGCAGGUUUCUCUUCGAAAGGGGAGAUAACACUGAUCUGUUAAAGGGAGAUAAUCCACCCGCAAUAAUUGAUACCACGAUGACGUUGUUUGGAAACCAUUCACCAGAAAAAGCUUACGAUAAUGACAACUCAACGUUUUUUUGGGCUUCGUCUUUAGCACUAGGAGACAAUUUCAGAUUGAUAUUUAACUCAACUGUUAACAUAUCGCGGGUAACUGUGAUGACCGGAAGUGACAACGGCGAGAAAGACCGGUUGUCAUCCGGGUAUCUUCGAAUGGGGACAGGUAGCCCUCCGUGUAAAAAUCUGAUCAGAAGAGGGGUGUUUGUACGCGGCUAUGUGGACACAAUAGAACAAGGAAUCAGUGACUUCCCCUCUGACGUAAACUGUUUGUCGAUUGACGUCACGCGCCCACAGAAACAAUGGCUCGUUUUACGAGACAUCAAAGUUUUUUUGCGAAAACCGGAUACUUGAAUUGUCCGGUUUGAAAUUUAGAAUGAAUCGGUGCUGAUAAAAUAUUUUUAAAAGGCCUUCGAUGUUGUGAUAUAAAUGUUAGUUAUUUUUGUAUGAAUUUAUUAAUUAUUAAAAUAGCAUAGCUUUUAA